AUGUCUGUACGAAAUACUACUACAACUACCACGGCGUCGGCGGCUACGUCGUCCCAGCCCAACAUGUGCGAAUAGGUGCCCUCGUAGACGCCUUCGUCUGGGGCUGCUCAGCCCGUUGCUUGAACUCGCUCACACGAUUCGUGCGUGUGCACAUCUUGAUCUGACCACAGUGGAAAGAACCGAUCCUCCUCCUCAACUAUCAUCGCCGCCUCGACCGUCGCCUCCUUCAUCGUCCUCCUCAUCGCCUCGAUCCUUCUCUUUUUCAAGAUCACCAAAAUCCUCCGUAGCCGACGCGAGCUCAAACGACGCCAAGAGGCCUUACGAAGGGCCGGGGCGAGGGGCGGUAUGAACGACGCUGAUCUCAAGUCGCAGCAACGCGCUCGGAAUGGGUCGACGAGGGGGAGGAACGCGUUUGAGGAGAAUGAGUGGGAGGGGACCCCUGUGAGUAACCCCAGGCUGUUCGGCCAGAUAUAAUUCGCUUAGGACAUCCCUACGUUGAUUACUGGAGAUGCACAGCUUGCUGACAUUUUUCGUUCUCAUCCGGAUGGAAUUAGGCUUGAAUAGGAAAUGUUGGCAAAGCUACGUGCGCCGAUCCACUUAAUGAUGCCCAGGCCCAGAAUUGGCAGGAUGCAACUCGGCGAUGAAGCCCGAGCCCGACGUCGAAAAGUCAGGAAUCAAAUCUGAAGCAGGAGUCCGGAUCUUUGGUCUUUGGCCCUAG